AUCCUCGUCUUAAUUUUGAUAUCACCCGCAGAAUUGAAAUAAGCCAUUAUGGCCGCCAAUUUGGACUUAUUGUGCGACAUGCUCGAAGCCGAGUUGUCCGAUGACGAGAACGAGCCGGAGGAGGAGCCUUCUGCCACCCCACUCUCAACCACCCGGCCUAUUGUGGAAGAAAGCCGUAGUAGCGCGCCAGACAAAGUGGUGGCCAAAUUGCCGGAAGAAAUCGCAGAACCUAUAGCCUCAAUGCCCAACCCGGAUGUGGCGUCCUUGGAAGCCCAAAUGAAGGCCAUGAAGGAGCAAAUGGAACGCAUGCAGAAGCUUUUGGAUGCCAAGAGUGCGGUCGAAACGUCUGAGUCGACGAGUAAGACACUACCCACCGUUCGGGAAAUCAAUCUUUUCCAGCCGUCUUCCGGCGCUCUCAAAGCGGCUGGACCGCGAUCCCCGGUCAAGACUAACCCUUUUGAAGAUUCGGACAAGCCCAGGCGGAGCGCUCAAUUGUACCAGAACACGCCCAGAUUUGGACCCGCCUUGCCCAACAAAACGUCUCGGGUUCUGCAAGGCGAGGAAAAGGCUAAAAUUCUAGCUCGACUCGACACCUCAGACCGUACCAAACUUGAGGCCGUGAUGGUUCGCGGGGAUCUCCAGGAUUCCAGCGAUGACGAAGCCGAACGAAACCCAAUGGAACAGAAGUACAACGAAUACGGAAAAUCCAUUAAAAAGCGCUUGUCGAAGCAAACCGACCAAGCCCAGCCCAAAACUGCGCCAUUGUUUGGAUUCAAUCAGGUUCAAGGCUCGAGUCUGAACUUAAGUCAGAGCUCGAAAAACAAGCCCUUGCCCAAAGAUUUGGUGGUGGAAAAGCAAUCCAAACUCCGCAUCUCUAACCCGACAAUUAGCCAGAGUGCCUUAGACGUCCAAUUCCUGGGGAAAACUUUCGUUCCUAUAUACAAAAUGAAGGAAAUGACCGGCCGAAGUGAUCUAAAAGGUGGAGACUGGGCCACCGUGGGCGUGAUCACGUACAAAACGAUCAACACCUCCAAGAAUGGGAACUCGUACACCAUGUGGAGCAUGACGGACCUUUUUGGACAGAUUAAACAGAUCAAAGUGAUGCUCUUUGGUCGAACCCAUGCCCGUCAUUACAAGAUCCAGAUCAAUCGUGUGGUUGCGCUUUUCAAUCCUAAGAUAUUGGAAGAUCGAAGCGGAAAGGGCGAAGUAUCAUUGACCAUUGAUCAGGACAACCUCACCGAACUCGGCGACUCCUUGGAUACGGGCAAAUGUCAAGGGCGACGCCAGGAUGGCACGGGCUGCACGAAUCUGGUCAAUUUGGCGAGUUGUGAGUUCUGCGAGUUUCACGUUAAACGAGCCUACAAGAGCAUGAGUUCGAAGCGCGGUGAUCUCCAAUCCAGUUUCAGCGGUAAUGGAGAUGUCCGCUCCCGUCUCAUGGGCAAAGUGGAUCCAAAGGGCGAACUCUUUGGUGGGGGCAAGUUCAUGAACGCCGCUUCUAAUGUAGGUAAAAUGAGUGUGCAACAACGAGCCAAGGACAAUUCAUCGCUCAGAAAUCUAGGCGUAACGCCCGUGGAGAAGGUGUUCCAGGCAGAAAAGGUUCAAACCGAUCCGAAUAAAAUCUUUUCUGGGGACGGAAAGGUUAAAUUCCGGACCCACUUAAAUGAUCAGGAGAAGCAGGCCGUGAUUGGUGUGGCUAAGGGCGUAUCUUCAGAAUUAGGGUUACGCUUAUUGGCACCCACCCCUGGGGCCCGAACGCUCAUCAAGCAUUUCACCAAGGUGGAAGCCUCUGAUCAAGCCAAAUUAGACGCUCUCAAUGGCGGGGCCAAGGAGACCUCGAAGGGCGCAUCCGGUGGCGGCGAGUCUUCAAAUGCCUCGAGCUCAAAAAGCGCCACCCAGCUGUUAUUGGAACAUAAGCGGGAGUUGGCAUUGGAGAAACGCCGGCAAAUUCUCCACGAACAGAGCUUGAAGCAAAAACCUCAGUUGGGCAGAGGACUUGGCUCUGCAGAAACCGUGAACUUGGGGGCGACUCUAUCCAUAGAUCCCAAGAAAGCCCAAGCCCUGAAGAUCCUCCAAGCCAAGGGUCGAGGCCAAUUGGCCAAAUCCAGUCCCAAUCAUUUGCCCAAUCGUAAGCGGAAGGCCGAGGACAAGCUCAAGUCGCUUGAGAAAGUGCGCAAAGCCUUGAACGAUAAGAAUGAUGACCACGACACGGCCCGACAAGAGUGCCAUGAGAAGACCAGACACAAGGACCGCUUGCAGAAAGUGCUCGGUCAGAAGUCGAAGAACCAGAACCUAAUUGAAGACCACGAGAACGAGGUGCUAGAUAAGCAUUUGGACUCCCUGGAACGAGUGGAGAACAUGGAGGAGAAGAUGAUCCAGACCACGGAGAUUGAAACCAAAGCGGUGAGUUGCAAGUUGUGCAAUUACACCGCCUUCUCCCAAUCAGACUUGUGCAAGCAAUCCGGCCACCGAAUCAAAGUGAUCUCGUGCAAAAAGCGAUUCUUCGAGUGCAAACAGUGCAAGAAUCGAACCAUCUCAUUGGACAAGUAUCCCAAGGGUGCGUGCUCCAAAUGUGGCGAAUCUCGUUGGACUCGAACGGGAAUGAUGCGUGAGAAAAAAGGACCGCUUUUGGACUCGGAGCAGCUGUGCAUACGCGGGGUCGAACAAAAGUUCAUCAACCAAACCUCCUCCGUUCCCCUUCACUUGGAUUCUUUCUGACCAAUUCUGUUCCUCUCAUGGGACUGUCACCCUUUGUAAUUAGCCUAAUGGUUUAGCUAGAAAAUAUUUCUGUCGCCAAUCAAAUGCUUUUGAUGUCAA